GAUUGCGUAUGUGACAGCCGCGGUGGUGUGUACAGGCGUGUUUGAACGCAGACAGUGAGUGCGUAACCUGAUUAAGCGCGUCUCAAUCUCCUGUUUCCUACGAUGUGCAGCAUGAGCCGCUUUCAUACAUGGAGCUUCGCGAUUGUAGCUGGCGUCAUCAUUUUAGAAUGUGGCGGCUUUUCACAGGGUCACCAGUGCUGGCCUGAAGUACCUGUUAACGAUACAGACUGCAAAGCUUUCAGGGACUUCUGCUACAUCUUCGACAUGUACCCUCACAACCGCACGGUGGUGCUGGUGCUGGAUAUGAGGCGCCAUGUCCCAGACCUGCUUGUGCGCAUGCGUAGUGCCCAAUGCGACUUCCGCUGCCGCGAGGCCUCGGCAGCAUCCUGCAACGUCACCGAGCAAGCCAUCAGUGAGCCCACCCGUACCGGGUAUCAUGAAAAGAAUUUUGUGCAGCAGUACUACGCGUUCCAGAUCAUUACUGGCAACAGAUUUUGCGCAACGGUGUCGCUAAGCAGAUGCAACAAAUUCUUCAACGUGAUCCACACCAUUACUGAUAAAUUUGGAGAGGACGGGGACUCCCCGCCAGUGCCGGUGCCGGACAGGAGACAGCCCAUUGCACUGAUCUUUCUCUGCGUGUCACUGGCCGUCACUACGAUCCUCGCAAUGGCUGCCUACUGCAUCAAAACACGGCUGCUGUGCAGCCUGUCGUUGGGAGGAACAGUCCCGCUGGAGCUGAAAUCGUCGGACACGUCGUGUCUGCUGCCGCAAGCCGCUCCCCCUACGUCCGCCAUCCUCCUGCUGUACUCCCGGGACAGCGACGCCUUCGUGCGGCUCAUGGAGGCCUUCCGGGAGCUGCUGACUGCCCUCACCGGCCUCGAGGUGCUGGACCCGCUGGACAGCAGACGGCUGGAGGAGGUGUUCCCCGCGCCGGUGGGCUGGCUGUGGCGGCAGCUGCGGCGGCAGGACGUCAAGCGAACCCAGGACCUCGCAGCAGCAGCCGCAGCCGCGCCGCACCCGUUCGACUACCUCUUCACGCUCGCGCUGCGUGACAUGCAGGACGAUUACCAGCUCGGAGGAGACUACAGGAGGGUCUACAAAGUCAGGGAGAUACACCCACCAGAUGCCGAUGAUGUUACCCAUAGUCAGGAGCUGCUGACGAAUGUUCCUGAAGUGGACAGCCUGUUCGUGAUACUGCAGGAGAUAACAGGAUGA